UUCGCCCCGGCCCGCACUUGAACGCAGGGACUCGCCGCCAGGCUGGUUUAGUCGGGUGGGAGACCAGCACGGUCAGUGUACGGGGCUCUUUUCUAGGAGCGGCAGUAGAAAAAAAGGGUUUGCCAUGUCGUCUCUGAUCAGAAAGGUGAUCAGCACUGCGAAAGCCCCAGCUGCUAUUGGUCCCUACAGUCAAGCUGUAUUAGUCGACAGGACCAUUUACAUUUCAGGACAGCUAGGCAUGGACCCCUCAAAUGGACAGCUUGUGCCUGGAGGGGUGGCAGAAGAAGCUAAACAAGCUCUUACAAACAUGGGUGAAAUUCUGAAAGCUGCAGGCUGUGACUUCACUAGUGUGGUAAAAACAACUGUUUUGCUGGCUGACAUAAAUGACUUCAAUACAGUCAAUGAAAUCUACAAACACUGUAAGUGAUUUGGCUUUAUUCCUAUUUUCUGUUUUAAAGAGAAGUGAAUUUGUUGACCUUAAUGAGUCUCC